AUGUUUUUCUUUAUAAUCAAAGAUGAAAACUUUUUCGCAUUUUCUUAUGGUGAUGCUUUAACUGUGAGAGUGGCUAAGCAAUUGGAGCCUUCCGUUGCUGAGUUCUUAAUGGAAAAGGAACUUGAUUAUCUAGUUGGAGCUGAGGCAAAUCUCCAAAAACCAUUGGCAGCAAUUUUUGGUGGCUCCAAGGUAUCAACUAAGAUUGUUGUGAUCAAGUCAUUGCUGGAGAAGGCCGAUGUGCUCUUGCUUGGUGGAGUUAUUGAGAAAGCCAAGUCCAAGGGUGUCUCUUUAACGCUCCCUUCCGAUAUUGUUCCAGCGUUUGGUAUCCCUGAUGGAUGGAUGGGAUUUGACAUUGGGCUUGAUACCAUCAAAGAUUUUGACGAAGCCUUGGAUUCAACUAAAACCGUUAUCUGGAAUGGACCCAUGGGGGCGUUAGAAAUGGAAAAGUUUGCUGCAGGAACAGAGGCACAGAAAACGCCCUGCGUGCUUUAUUUCUCGGUGUUAGCAAUCAGCUGUAGUUAUUAG